CCAAGACACUUGAAAACGCAUACAUAAUCUCCAUUGUUCUUAGUGCUAAUCAUUUCUUCAUAGAAACCAGAAAACAAAAAGGACCCUUAACCCGUUUCUCCAAAAAGUUCAGAUCUUUGUAUGCAUAAACGAAAAAUGAGAGACUUAGUUUCUUGUCUUAGCGAAAACGCAGUAAAUGUGUCUCAUUCCUCAUGUUCUAGCUAUUCAAAGAACGCUUGCAUCUCUCCAAGCCUUUCACCUUCAAUCCAAAAUUCAAUUUCAUGUGUCUAUAAACUAGUCCUCUCCACUCUAAAGCAGUUUUUGAUAACUGUCACUUGGUGUAAUAACAAGAGCAAUUCAAACCAGGGACUCAGCAUAAGAUUUGGUGAUGAUGACCCUUCAGCAGCUGCACCUUUCAGACUCAACACAAAUUCACGGUUUUUCAGGAAUUCGAAGAAGAAAGGUAGCAAAUUGCUGGAUUCUGAUGAGUCAAAGAUCGAAGUUUUAUGGGAUCUUUCCAAUGCCAAGUAUGAUUCUGGACCUGAACCUGUUAAUGGGUUUUAUGUUGUGAUUCUUGUUGAUUCAGAAAUAGGUUUGAUUCUUGGUGAUAUGGCUGAAGAAGCAGUGUCCAAGAGGUUCAAAACUAGCACCCCUAUGGCUAAGGUUUCACUAUUAUCACGACGAGAGCAUUGUUCAGGCAACACCCUUUACACAACCAAGGCUCAAUUCUGUGACACUGGCACAUGGCAUGAUGUUUUGAUCAGAUGCAGUGUAGAAAAUGAAGGAUUCAAAGUUCCAGUUCUAUCGGUGUGCAUUGAUAAGAAGACCGUGAUUCGUGUGAAGAGGCUGCAAUGGAAUUUCAGGGGAAACCAAACAAUUUUUGUUGAUGGGUUGGUGGUUGAUUUGUUGUGGGAUGUUCAUGAUUGGUUCUUCAAUCCUGCUUCUGGGAAUGCAGUGUUCAUGUUCAGGACAAGGAGUGGCUUGGAUAGCAGGUUAUGGUUAGAGGAGAAAGCUGCACAGAAAGAUAAAGACAAAGUUCAAUUCUCCUUGUUGAUCUAUGCCUGUAAGAGCUCAUAA